UUAACUCUUGGUAUCAACAUUAGCAACAAGUUUUAUCGGAGACUUCAACAUGCGGGCGCUAAUACUAGUUUUCCUCAUGAUCACUGUGGCAGCCAUCUGGGGACAUCCAGCUUCAAAGGAAUCAAAGGAGUCAAAGGAAUCGAAGGAGACAGUCUGUGAUGAGGCCAAACAGAGAGGCAUUUGCCUUUUCUACGAUCAGUUUAAGGGAUCUGUAAAGGGCAAGAUCAAGAAGCUGAACCGAAAAUGCUGCAGUGACAGCGAUGCAUUGAAAACAGCUUAUAUUGUAACAAAGAACGGAGACAAAAUAGUUAAGACUUAUAAUGGAUUUUUCACGCCAAUGGAAUUUGAUACUUGUGAAAUAAAAGGAGAAAACUUCUGCCCGAAAUGCUGUACAGUGCCUGUGUGUGAACCUAAUCCUUGUGAAAAUGGUGGUACGUGUUCACCAAUUGACAACAGUUACAGCUGUAAUUGUCCUGCUGGAUAUUUGGGGAAACUCUGUGAAGUGCCUGUCUGUGAACCUAAUCCUUGUGAAAAUGAUGGUACGUGUUCACCAAUUGACAACAGUUACAGCUGUAAUUGUCUUACUGGAUAUUGGGGGAAACUCUGUGAUGUGCCUGUGUGUGAACCUAAUCCUUGUGAAAAUGGUGGUACGUGUUCACCAAUUGACAACAGUUACAGCUGUAAUUGUCCUGCUGGAUAUUUGGGGAAACUCUGUGAAGUGCCUGUCUGUGAACCUAAUCCUUGUGAAAAUGGUGGUACGUGUUCACCAAUUGACAACAGUUACAGCUGUAAUUGUCUUACUGGAUAUUGGGGGAAACUCUGUGAUGUAAAUCCCUGUGAUAUAUACAGCCCCUGUUUAAAUAAUGCCACGUGUUAUAUAUCAGAAAGUGGUGUGAGUUGUCGUUGUCCUCCUUCAUUACAAGGAAUCAAUUGCACGAAGAUUGGUUGUAAUUUUGAUGAGAGUAACUGUGGGUGGAAACAGUUGUCCGACGAUAUUUUGGAUUGGACAAGAAAUAAAGGCCGAACAUAUUCAAUAGCGACAGGACCAACAAAUGAUCAUACAGGAAAUGGAACAUACAUAUAUAUCGAAACCACAAACAAACAAAAAUUAGUCCCAGCGAGAAUAGAGAGUCCAGAAAUUAUCCAGCCUACAUCUACACAAUGUUUGUCAUUCUGGUAUCAUAUGUAUGGAGAGGAUAUGGGUGAACUCAACGUGUAUAUCAAAACAAAUCAGACGGGAUUGGGGGAUGUCGUAUGGACAAGAGCUGGUGACAUGGGGGAUGUUUGGAAACAAGGCUAUGUAAAUCUUUCACAAAUACCAUCGUCAUAUUCGAUUGUAUUUGAAGGAGUUGGAGGAACUGACUAUAGAUCAGACAUGGCUAUAGAUGAUGUUACAGUAGUCGAGGGAGACUGUCCAGGAGUUUAAGCUUGGGCAGAUUGGCUGCGUUAACGACAUGGUCUGCAUCGUUAUUCUGAUUCUGUAUACAUAUGGAGAUAUGACUUUGUUACUCUGGUUAUUAUGUAUGGAGAAAUCCCCUCCAUAUUUGCUUUAUUUUCAUUAUUAUUAUUAUUAUUUAUACUACUACGUAGUAUACUAUUGUUUUUGUUCGGAUUAUUAUUUUUUUUUUCUCGCGUUUUGAAAAAAGUAUAUCAUCUACAGAAUAUACUAUCCGAAAGGUAUUUAGUUCAAAGGGUGAAUGAAUAUCUAAAACAUUAGAAAUGAUAACAGGAAGUGACGUCAACGAUGAAAAUAGACCAAUAUUAGACAUCAAAUGAAAUUUUUUUGUACAAUGUGGCCUCUACGACGCAUGCGUAUGGACCAAUUUUUAAGGUCAAAGGUGAGAAAGGUGAACAUUCUGAGCGUAACUCUUUUUAUUUUUGAAGAUUUCGACUUGGAACUUUCAGAAUACAUUACAAAUGGGUGGAUUAACCCAAAAAUGUCAACACAAAUUUUCCGAUUAUCUCCCCUUUGAUGAUGAAGUCAGAUUUUCAACUUCUUUAAUUUUCUUUAUUUAAAAAUAUUUGUCAAUAUGAGUCGUCUAUCAAUUUUUUUAAAGUAAUCUCAUAAAGUAAAAUUUCACCGGAUGUGCCACCAUUUUGAUAAUGUAAGUUAAUCUUCAAAAUCUUACUCGUCCUACUAUUUUUAUCCGAAUGUCAAUAGCUUGAUAUUUUUGGAAAGCAUUCGCUAUUCGCAAUAGAUUGUAGUAGUAGAAAUUUGAUAUUUGACCUAGAUUCUUUUAAAAAAGAUUAAUUUGAUAGAUUAUGACACAGCACCUUUAAUAUUGGUUAUGUUUAAUUUAAAUGUUUACCAAAAUAUGUGCUUUGGUCUUCUACCGUGAAAAUAAGUCAUUUGAAUAUGUAAUUGUUUGCCAUCGAAUUUAUAUAACACGUCUUUUGUUUACAUGACGUCUUGAUUGAAUACCAUUAAAACUAAAACUCUCCUGUGACGUUGUUUUAAAGUAAAACGAUUAUAUCACACUUAAAAGAUUUGGUCCGUUUUAAAAAUUUAUUCUUACUUUUAUAUAUUCAAAACAGCCGUUGGGGCUCAGUGAGUAAGGCGCUGCUGCGCUAAACGCGUGUCCCUGGUGCAGAUUGCGGGGCCUGGCAAGGUACAAUGUUCAGUCUUUCAGAUGGGACAAACAUUGCGGUCGCGUGUACACAUUGUCGUACAAAAAAACGAACCCUUGGCAGUUUUAAUUCGAAAUACGUGUAUACCGUCAAUUUCUAUCUGAUUUUAACAAUCGUUUAAAUAUAUCACAGUUACACCAUAAUGCAUAAUGAUGGUUGAGUUUGAAUUUCAUAAAACUCGGAUCGAAACUACCUGACAGAAUGACCGCUUGCUCAUUGUACGCAAAUAGUGUAAAAGUAUGUAAUACAAAGGUUGUGGACCCUCUAGAUGUCACAAACAAUUGUUUUGAAAAAAUGUCAAACUUAGAAAUCGUGUAAAAUGUUGAUGGUAAACGAUUAACUAAGCCGUUUGGUGUUUAUUCUGAAAGUUCUACAACAAUCGGUCUGUAAACAUAGGUUAUGUGCAAUUUGUUUAAAAAAAACCCAGGAAAUUUUGCUUGAUGAAAUGUUUUUACUAUAUAUAGGGACUUUUUGACAGAUUUCAAUAAUCCUUUUUUUCUUUAAGAUUCUUUUGAGAAAACAGGACAGCAAAACAUAUUAAUCUUCUAGGUGUUGAAAUUAAUGUAUAAGUGUAUAAGGGUUGUAUAAAAACUAUGAAACCUGUUUCAAGAACAGGCAAGGGGGUUGGAUGGCUGAAUGGUUAGCGUGCUCGCGCUGUAUCAUAAAGUCUGUCAUUGAGUCGACUGGCGUGGUUUCGAAUCCCUGGUUGUACGUGACAAGGAGUAGGGUCGCCUGUCCAACCUCGUGGGGUUUCUCCGGGUCCUCCGGUUUCCUUCCACUGCUAAAGACCCCUACGCGCAAGCGAAUUAUUGAAAUAAAAUUAAACCAUAUAUUAGUCCCGAAAUGACCUAGUUUGUGUCGAGUGGACGUUAAACCCCAUUUCUCUCUCUCUCUCUGUUUCAAGAACAGGUCUAGUUAUUAUUAUUAUUAUUAUUAUUGAGAAAUCCGUUCCCUGUUGUGGGUUUUAUUAUUAUUGUAAUUAUUAUUAUUAUUAUUAUAUGGAGAAGUCACUUCGCCAUUUUGGGUUAUUUUGAUAAAUGAAGAAGUUACUUCGUUUUUCGGUUAUUAUUAUUAUUAUUAUUAUUAUAUGGAGAAAUCUCUUUGCUAUUUGGGUUAAUUUUAUUAGUAUUAUUAUUAUUAUUAUUAUAUUGAGGAAUCCCUUUGCUAUUUGGGUUAAUUUUAUUAUUAUUAUUAUUAUUAUUAUAUUGAGGAAUCCCUUUGCUAUUUGGAUUAUUAUUAUUAUUAUUAUUAUUAUACGGAAAAGUCACUUUGCUGUUUGUUAUUAAUACAUGGAUAAUUUACAAAACUCUCUUCAAUUUCCUCAAUUUAAUUUUUUCAACCUCUGGGUUAAACGCUACAUACGGUCAAUUUGUAAUUAGGCCAUUACAUUCUAAAUAUGACAUAUAGGAUAGAAUUUACUCACGUAAAUAUUUCAAAAGAUAACUCUUACUGGCAACUAUAAGAUGGGAAUAAAAUAAAGAUUGGCCUGACUGGUUGUAACCCCCUUUGUGCAAACUGAUCUACACUGAUGAGUGUCAUAAUAAGCUUCCAUGUUAGAGGUUUGAAAUAUGUAUUUGUACAAUGGGUUAUAUUUUACAACAAUAAAAAAAGUUUGUUCAUACUGGACAAAUUAGUUUAUUAUUUGUGCCGGCUCAGACAGUAGUAUAAUACUAUCGCACUGUAACAAUUAAUAAUAUAGUGUAAUUUUGUGGUGUAUUACACUAAUGAAAUUGUCAUGAAAACUGUAUUCUGCUCACACAACAGCCCCGUAACCGAUUUCUUGGAAAUAUUAUCCCUACCUUGGGCCGUGAGUUAAUAAGUGGUUGAGGAUUUCUACUGAGAGACAAUAUUAAUAUAUUGUUAUUCCAGAUUCGGUUACAUUUAAUACAAAGUACCAUGUUGUUAUUUCGUUGUUAUUUUGUUAGUUCUGUCUUAUAAAAUUCUGUAUAUCUUUUGGUAAGAAGAAAAUAUUUGUAUCUCUCUCAUAAAA